GAAGGAAGGAAGUAGCAGCUUUCUCUGCGUAGAUCCCUUUAGUGGAAGGGGCUGCCGUGGGGAGACGGGCUGAGCGGCUUCGGUGCAGAACGGCGCCGCGUUGGAUAUUCCAUUUAUUUAUUUUAAAAUCUUCAGAAUUCUCUGUUGAUGAAACAAUCAAGCUUUUUCAUGGUGACUUUGAACAACUUGCUUCAGCUGUUAUAUUCUAUGAAAUACCUUAUUUAAAGCUUUCAUGAAGCUCAGCUACUGCCUGUUGACUCUGGUUCUCCAUACUAGUGUUUUUGCACUAAAAAAUGCGGUUUCGAACCUCACAACAACAUCGGGGUCAAGAUCCCACCCUGUCAAUGCAUCACUUCUUCCCAUAUUACAAGCCUUGACAAAAUCAGCAGUACCUCAGUAUAUCAUAGAGAAGGAGGGUAACUGUGCAUUCAUUGAAUGUAUGCUGAACAUUACCCAGCAUGACACCAUCCUUUGGUACAACUCAAAAGGGCAUCUGCUGGACCAAGACAGAGGAGAUGGAAGAUGGUUGAUCUCUGACCGCAUCCUUAAUAUCACAAGUGUAACUUUUGGUGACCGGGGGCGAUACACUUGUGUUGCCACUAAUGAAAAUGGCACCUCCUAUUACUCAGUCACCCUCCGGGUGGUCUCCACAUCUGGGGACAUGGGUAUUUACUACAUGAUUGUCUGCCUGGUUGCCUUUACCAUCAUCAUGAUUUUAAACAUAACUCGUCUGUGCAUGAUGAGCAGCCACCUCCGCAAGACAGAGAAGGCCAUCAAUGAGUUCUUCAGGACAGAAGGGGCUGAGAAAUUGCAGAAGGCCUUUGAAAUUGCCAAGCGCAUUCCUAUCAUUACUUCUGCCAAAACCUUAGAAUUGGCCAAAGUCACCCAGUUCAAGACUAUGGAAUUUGCUCGGUAUAUUGAGGAGCUUGCCAGAAGUAUCCCUCUCCCACCACUAAUCCUGAACUGUAGGGCCUUUAUGGAAGAGAUCUUUGAAGCGGUGCACGUUGAUGAUCCUGAUGAAGUUGGAAUCAAACAGACCCAGGCCUUGGGUGCCCAAGAGGGACUCUAUCCCUUAAACCCGGAAAUCAAGCGCAGUAAUUCGCCAGCAGGGGAUUCGGAUGAUGGCUCUGUGAAUGACCAUUGCAAAGAAAUAGCUGUUGAGGUAUCUGUCCACCUUCAAUCAGAAGCACAAAGCAUUGACACUGUUUCCCAUGACAGCGUCCCUUCCAUACCUUCUGAAGAUGAUGCAUGUGCUGAAUCUAAAUAGAGCAGCAAAAGCAUACAAGUUGCUUCAAGAGAGAGAGAAAAGCAAAAAUGCCAUAGUCACAAAUGCACAAAACCCGUUUUAUUGUUGUUUUUUAAACUCCUCUGGCGGCUUUAAGGUGCCAAAACAGUUGGCAAAGAUGUGGAUUUUUGUUCUGUUCUGUAAUGUAUAUCAGUGUUCUCAAAUCAAUUUGGAAAUCAGCUUCGAAGCUGUUUUAAAAUUCUCUUUAGCAGGAAUUUUAUUGCACAUACUGUAGGUGUAUUUUGCAGAUAGGAUACUUCAUUCCAGUUUUUGGUGAUCUCCAGUCACAGCAGCAAAACACAAAGGAAAAAACAAAAUAAGCUGUUUUUGACAUGUCUAUUGGGAAGCAUAAAUUCUUGAAUGUGCCCAGCGAUAAUUUCAUGAUGUGUGAGGGGUCAUAGUUCACCAGACCAUGAGAGACUUCAGCAUAUCUAAGUUUGUGUGAUAUAAUAAAUGCUCCAACAAGAAUUUGAGAUUAUUGCACUUUUAAAACUAUGUCAGUAAGUUACAAAAUCACCAGAACUGUCACUUACUCUCAAAUGCAGUACUUCAGUUAGAAAAUGGAAACCUAAAUACAAAUUUUGACAACUUGAAUCUUAUCCUACACCCAAGAACUGGUCAUUUAAGCUUGCUGCCAGUUGCCAAGAACUUUAAUAAAGGAUCUUUUUAAUUUGUUUUUCAAGUAAAGCUCAAGGUGUCAGCGUUAUGAGUAUUCUCUCUUCUCUGGGAUUAGUCCUGAAAUGCCAAAGUAUUCUGGUGCCAUCAACAUCGCUAUGAUGAAGUUAACAGCAGCUUAAAUAAGAGUUAAGAUCUCGGAGAGCCUGCAAUAAGCUUAAACAUUAAAAAGAAAAUAUUUUGCUUUUUCAGGCAGUUUGUUUCUAAAAAUUAUUAACAAAAAAGGCAAAUGCCAUGAGUCAGUCGCAAGUCUGAACACAGUAGAUGUGCAAAACAGUCCCCAGAUGUGUAUGUUUAAUGAAAAUCAGCUGCAGGAGGUGGGAAAUUAUUGAAGUGGGGGGAGAUGUGCAGCUAGAAAAGGAGGCUGCUACGUGCUUGUCUUGUUUGGCCCUUAACUAGAAUCCAGUGACUGGUGGAAAGGGUAAGGCAUUACCACUCUGAACAGCUUCUCUCUGAUGCUGAUGUUCGGUUGGCUGUACGUGUCUACCAAGUGGUACAAUGGCAUGUACCACUUCAAACUGCAAGUGGGAGCUACUACAUUUGAAUACUCAUCAACGUUUAAAAAAAUCCUUGCAAAUAGAAAACUAAAAGAGCAGGCAGGUUCUAGCUUUGCCCAUUGUUGGCAAUUCUUUUCGUUUGUUUGCAAAUAAUAAUAAUAAUAAUCUCCAAAAUGAGAUUCCCUCGCUUGCAGGCCUUAUUCUGUUACAUGUGUGUAGAUUAAUCCUUAAUCAGCAUGUUACUGACACAUGAUAACAUGCAAAUCUGUUCUUGCCCAUUCUCAUGAAGCUGACACAGUCCUGGGCCAAUUCAUUCUAGCUGCAUUCGCAUGAUCAGUGGGGGAAACUACGUAGUAGUAGUAGUUGUUUCCCCCAGCCCCACCUGCUAUUUACUUAAUUAUCCACACUGUAUGUUGCUAUGUUGUCCGAACCAGGCAUGCAGUGCAGCAGAGGUGGCUUCUAACCCACCCCACAACCAUGAUUUGUAGUAGGGGUUGUGGCAUGGGUUAGAAGCCACCCCACUGUAGUGUGUGCUAUGUUCAGAUGACAUAGGAACCCAUGACAUGACACAGUAUGGGUAAUUAAGGAAAUGCCAGGCAUGUGAGUAGGAUGUGUGGGCUGGGGAAAACAACCUCUACUGUGUAGUUACCACUGCUGAUCAUGUGAACCCGGCCAUUACAUAGAAUUGGAAAAUAGACUGAAUAACUGGAAGAAUUCAGUUUCCUUACUGGAAUGAAUGUGGCUGUGUGUCUACCUAUUUCACCCUUGACUCUUUUCUUUCACUUGACCAAAGGUUAGGGAAAUUUAUAGGUCCAAUUUUUGUGCCUCGGCUAGGUGUUUUCAAGAGUGCUGGAUAAGUGAAAUAAACUCCUGCUCUCAGUAUUUAGUGUUUUUCUUUUUCCUUUUACACUUUAAAGGUACCGCUUUAAUUGGAUUUAUAUUUUGUUGAUCUGCACUCCGAAAAUUAGUUACUUAAAAUUUUUAGAACAGCUUUAUAACUUGGCAACAAGAACCCCAUGAAAUCUCAUUUGAGCUAGCAGUUGCUGAAGGCGAAUAAGCACAAUGUUCAAGAGGAUUUAAUAUUAGAUUUAUAGCAGUAGAAGUGGAUGAUGAACAGCAAUGAUGCCUUGAAAAUCUGCAGUAAUGCCCAGCUGUGUAACAGAUAAUUUUAGUAAAUCUUAUUCAGCUUACAGAAUUUAACUUGAAUUUCUUUCCAUGAAACCGUCUAAAGCAAAAUAGAGAUGGUGUAAGCAUUAACAUGGCAGAAUGAUAUUGUAGUAUAGGAAUAUGUCCUAUACUUUAGAAACUGAGUUUGCCUGACUUUCUGAAAGUGUUAUUCAAACUGGGGGUUGCCAGCUUCUGAACCAGACGUGUUGGCUUUUGUUUUAAUUGUUUUGAGAUCGUGAGGCAUUCUGCAGGAAUAGCAAUUCACGGCCUAAUGCUCCAGCGGCCCAUUUCCCUGCACGUCACUACUGCAUGCCGUGAAGUAUAGCUGGGGUCCUACUUUGGAGUGUGGCCUGCUGCAGAAACAAAUCAGGACUUGCUGUUCCUGUAUAAUAUCUUGCUAGCCCAGAUUUUUUUUUUAAAGGAAUAGGCAUGAUCUCUGGGUCAGGAGGUGGCACUUCUACUUUCCACCUAGUAACUGCGUAGAUCAGACAUGGGCAACUUGUGGCCUUCUAGAUUUUUUUGGCCUGCAGUUUCCAUCAAGCUUAGUCAGCAUGGCCAACGGUGAGAUAUUAUGAGAGUUGUAGGUUAAAACAUCUGGAGGGCCACAAGUUGCUCACCCCGGCCUAUGUACUCCUCACACCUCUGGGCUUCCCACAAUGUUUGCUGCAGCAUGAUAAAGAUCCCUAUGAUAAAGAUAGAAACUGUGCUAAUGCAUACUAGUUUCACUUACAUAAGCCAAGCUGGCAGCAUUAACACUGAGAGAGAACGCUACUUUGGUGUGCUUGGCUGAUAAAUAUAUUCAGUUGGGUUUCUGCUCUAUCCUGGAUCAUAAGGGCAAGCUAAUUAAUUAUAAGAGCCUUAUUCUGAUAAUGGCCAAUGUGUCUGCAAGAUGAAGCAAUUCUGCAGCAAAGCAUUAGUGUGACCCCGGAAUUGUGCUGAAUGCUGCAAUCUUCGUUCUGCACAGUAAACAUAAAUCUGCAGCGCCAUUGAGUUGAUUGUUUUAAUGUUUAAUCACACAUGUUGCUGUUUUGCGUUGAGAGGAGAUUGUGCUUAAUAUGUUCCAAGUGCAUAGGCUUUUCUAAUGCUCGAAAUGAGCAGAUUGAAAGUUUUGAGUUCCAGGAAAUUAUGUCCUCAGUUAUACUUUACAGCCGUGAAUGCUACAGGCCAAUUAACAAUAAUGCCUGGCAUAGCAACAGUGAUAAUGCAAUGAUUGAGAGUGAAUUUGUAGGCCAAAUCAAAUCAGAUUAUCAUAAUUGUCCCUCUGGACAUUUGUGUAUCUGCAAAACAUUGCAUUCUGUGUAUAACAUGGAGACACAACUAGCACAUUCAGGUUUCUUUUAUGGUGUUUCCAACCCAGCAGACAUACGAUAAUGGUACAUGAUAUUUCCAUAGAAAAGCAGCAGGGCAAUUUUCAGAUAAUCAGAUGUCACUGGAAAUGGGAAAGAGACCUGUGCAAGGCAUUCUGCUUUUUAAUUUGUGUGAUGUCUGUAUGGAAAAAAAAGUCUGUAACUUCAGGUAUGUCCUUCUGUGCUUCUGAAAUAUUUUUUAUUAGGCUUAGUAUAAUGAACAGAAUGUUUACCAGAAAUAGAUCCUAAAAAAAAAAAAGCCAGUGUUCUUUGUGGCCCGGUAACAAGCUUCUACUGACCCCUGCCCUCCCAGUUCUAGUAGAUAGUCCAUAUAUUUGUUUUGAGAAUAUGAAAUGUGGAGUUCUAUUUCUUUUACAUCCUUCUGUAAACACAUUUAUGACAUUUCAGCAAAGGCAAAGCUGAGAAAUAAAAUGUGUUUUUGAAGAGGUAGAUUUUAAAAAAUCUUAUUAAAACCAAAUGCAUGGUGAAUAUAUUGUGGAGUGUGAAUAGUUUUCUAACAGAUUUUAACAACAUAUUGAUGUAUUACUACUAAUGUAUGUGGUGAAGAUUGAUAGUAUUUCAGUGAGCUAAAAAUUAUGCACAUUUCCUCAGAUGGUCAACAUUCUUUUAUCUAUUUAGAGGACAAAGAGCAAGAAAGCCCAUCCUUAGAGAUGUCCACUGACCCAAUGGAUAUAAAGUUCUACCUGCUCACAUUUCUAAUGUCUCUGGUCAAUCAUGAGAUUAUUGUCUUGUUUCCUUAGCCUCUGACUUUUGUAGAUAGCAUAAAACUCUACUUUGUAAACUGAAUACUGUCUAAAGCAACAUCAAAGUAAUUUGUGUUCUUGAGGUGGCAAUGUCAGUGUUCUGUAACAGCGUAUAAUUUCAUACUUUCAUAUAAAAAUACAAUGGUGCUUUUUUUUCCAGAAUAAAAUUCAUUAUUAAAGGUC